AUGGGCAUAACUCAAGAAGUAGUGGAGAGAGCUAAAGAGAAAAACAAAGUAAAGGAGGAAGAUGUGGUGAAGCCACAAGAUAAAAUGGUUCCUACUCCUCCCAAGAAAUAUAAGGCCAAGCCAAGCAAGUCUACACCUACCUCUAAUGUGAAGCUGGUUCCUCCACCUAAGCCACAAUCAAAAUCAACUGGUGGAGUUGAAAAGAGGAAGAAAGAGAAAUUUGGAAGGAAGUAUGUUGUAGCUGAAGAAACUAACAGUGGGGAAAUUGUUGGUAACUGGAAUAGUAGAGAUAAGACCAACAACGUGAGCAAUAAUAGGAGAAACUAUGGUAACAAUGGAAACUAUGGCAACAAUGGUAAUGGGAACAAUCGAAAUGGGAAUAACAAUAAUGGUGGAGGUAAUAAUGGAAACAAUGGUAAUAAUGGAGGAAAUGGAAAUUAUCAAACUCACAACUAUGGUUGCAGACCACCUAUGACCAUUGAAAGGUACAAACAAUUGGAUUUUAGUGGGAUAAUUGGAAAUCCUAAUCAGAUUUCAAAUGAUUUAAGCAAGACUCACUAUGAGAUUCUAUCUCACAAACCUACCACCUUGCAGCAAGCAUUUAAGACAACCUCUACCAUUGAAAAUAACAUAAAAGCUGCUAGGAGAAUUUGUAAGAGAGAUGAUCCAAAACUAUAUAAUCCUAGAGCAACGAAAAAGGAUGAGCUUAGUCAAAUCAUGGACAUGUUGAAAGAUAUGAAGGGUAAGCAAAAUCACAAUGAGAAGUUGUCCCCAUAUAGAGGAGAACAAUGUAUGAUUGCUCAGGGUUUUUUAGAAGAGAAGGAACAUGAGAGUCAAUAUGAGACCACAAUGAAUGUACUUUCAUCAAAUCUAUUUUGGGGUAGGGAUGAGGAUUCAUUUGAGGAUGAGCAACCAUCAAAUAUACAAUGGAGAAGAGAGAGCCAACAACAUAGUGUACAACAAGUUUUUACUGAUGAUGAUGCAGACAUCUCGUCCCUGAGGAGAUUGUUCCAUAAUGGAGAGCUAGUGCAUUCCUUGAGAAACUUAAUAGAUGAAGAAAUGAAAGCCUAUACUAUAGCAGCAAUAGCUCAGGCAAAAAGCAAUUAUUAA